GUAGAGCGGACCUCUCCCUUCCCAUGCAACGUGACUGCCUCAUCCACUACUUCAAAUGCCUUUCCAUGGUUGAGCCACUCUUCACCUCUAUCUCUUCCGACGCCGAUCCCAUUCUCUUUGUCUGGUACGACGCCUUCAACCCUGAUCAUCAAGAUGGGGUCUCCUCACAGCUUAACGGCAUCGAAUUGGAGAAGGCCGCUGUUCUCUUCAACCUCGGAGCCAUCUACAGCCAGAUUGCUGCCUCUUGCGACCGUACCACCGCCCUUGGCCGUCACCUUGCAAUCGAAGCCUUCAAAGUUGCCGCCAAUUUCUUCCGCAAACUCCUGCAAUUUUUUGCCAAGCACGUGGUCUCCGCCACCCUCGAUUUAACUUUCCUCUUCGCCGAGUUUCUGCACCUCCUCUUCUCCGCUCAGGCUUCCGAGCUCGAAUUACACGAACUCCUCAACAAAAACGACGCCAGUUACGCUUUCCAACAACACCGAUGUGCCCUAGCGUUUAGAUCGGUUUAUGAGCUUUAUCGUAGAGCGUAUGUAACGAUAAAGAAUGAUUCGGCUGCACGGAAACAUUUCCGCUCUUUUGACCGAACCUGGUUAACUCAUCUUAAAGAGAAGGUGCCAUUCUUAUACGCGGAGGUUCGUCAGAGGGAAUCAUCCAUCCUACCCCAAUCCGACCGAUCUCAUGCUUGUUCAACGGUCGAAUCUUGUGCUCUUGAUCAUGAUGCAGAAUGUGUCACUGAGAUAUUAGUUAGAGGGAUUUGCUCGACGAAAACCCAGCCAUUCGAAAUACAAACCCGAAUGUACGUUGACCUCAUCCUCUCCGAGUACAAUCCUUUCAAGAUUAUGAAGGAUGGAAAGUUGGUGGCUUACCCAUGGGAUAUGCCUCCUCCUUAUCCAACAGAUUCGGCGAUCCUCUCAUCUUCGUUGUCUUCUUCAUCUUUGUCGGAUAUUCUUGGAUUCUUUCCUUUGAAGAAGACUGAGCCGUUGAAUCUCUAUGAGUCUCUUGAAAAGUUGGCUUACCCAUGGGAUUUGCCUCCUCCUCCUCCUUAUCCAACAGAUUCGGCGAUCCUCUCAUCUUCGUUGUCUUCUUCAUCUUUGUCGGAUAUUCUUAAAUUCCUUCCUUUGAAGAAGACUGAGCCCUUGAAUCUCUAUGAGUCCCUGCGCAGUUACUUUGUCCUCAAAUACUCUGAGAGCGUGGCAAACAGAGUAGAAGGCCUUCUCCAAAUGCUACACAAAUUGCGCAAUGAGAUGCAGCGUGAUGACCUUUCACUACCCCUUCGCCGUGACUGCCUCAUCCUUUAUUUGAAAUACCUUUGCAUGAUUGAGCCUAUCUUCCCUAUGAAUGCCUCACCCAACCCACCUAUCUUUGUUUGGUACAAUGCCAUCAACCCUCAACAGCACUCUUCUCAGCAUAACAUCCAUUUGGAGAAGGCCUCUGUUCUCUUCAACCUCGGAGCCCUCUGCACCCGCAUUUCUCUCUCCUGCGAUUUCACCACCAUCCAUGGCUUUCGCCUUGCCAUGGACGCCUUAAAUGAUGCUUCACGUUGGCUCACUCGACUGAGUUACUGUGAGUCUCGCCUGGCAUCUGGCACGUUUGACUUGUCAGAACACUACACCAAGACGAUAAACAAUCAGUUUCGCAACUUGAAAUCGAUGUUUCCUCGUCCCCAAUCAUCACCUAGAUAUGCCUACUCAGCUUAUAAUCCGGUCAAAUGUGUGCUUUUUGCUUAUGAUCCAAGUGAUGUCACUGAACAAUUUCUUUUGGGAUAUUGUAAGGGUUACUCCAUGAUUCAAGAGGUAUGUGAAAGACAUUUGCCAUGGGAAACACCACCAUGCUUGGACCUUCUCUCUGAGGUACAUGUUUUGGUGUCUAGGAAAUUCGUUGAAUCAAUUGAGAAGAUUGUUAUUAGCCAACGUCCUGUGUGGCGAGUCGAUGCUGCCCAGAUUGAUAAACAAUGUGAUUUUGGUCUUCUUAUGUCUCAUCAUUCUGUGUUCCCUCAUGGUUACUCUGUCGGGGCUACUAAAUUUCAUUGAUGGAUUGUGGUCAAGUUGUGGAGAAGAAAGAAUAGUAAUAUGCACAACAAAUCACAAAGAACGUCUUGACCCUGCAUUGUUGAGACCUGGUAGAAUGGACUUGCACAUUCACAUGUCAUAUUGCUCUUUCACUGCUUGCAAGACACUGGCUUCUAACUACCUAGGAAUUCAGAACCACCAUCAUCCUAUGUUUGAUGACAUACAAGGUUUGUUGGACAAGGUUAAUGCAUGCAACACCAGCUGAGGUUGCAGGAGAGUUGAUGAAGAGUGAAAAUGUAGACAUUGCACUCAAAGGCCUCAUCAACUUCCUCCAAAGCAAG